UGCCACAGUCUACAUCUGGACCACCUAUAGUGCCACAGUCUACAUCUGGACCACCAAUAGUGCCACAAUCUACAUCUGGACCACCAAUAGUGCCAACAUCUGGACCACCCAUAGUGCCACAGUCUACAUCUGGACCACCAAUAUCUACAUAUGGACCACCAAUAGUGCCACAGUCUCCAUCUGGACCACCAAUAGUGCCACAGUCUACAUAUGGACCACCAAUAGUGCCACAGUCUACAUCUGGACCACCAAUAGUGCCACAGUCUACAUCUGGACCACCCAUAGUGCCACAGUCUACAUCUACCACCAAUAUGCCACAGUCUACAUAUGGACCACCAAUAGUGCCACAGUCUACAUAUGGACCACCAAUAGUGCCACAGUCUACAUCUGGACCACCAAUAGUGCCACAGUCUACAUCUGGACCACCAAUAGUGCACAGACCACCCAUAAUACAGCAGCAGUCCACAUACGGACCACCCAUAGAGCAACAACCUACAUACGAACAACCCAUAGAGGCUAUAGAGAAGCAACAUACAUAUGGACAACCAAUCGAUCAGCAGCUUACAUAUGGGCAACAAAUUUAUCAGCAGCAUACAUAUGGACAACCAAUAGAGCAGCAACCACUCAUUGAACCCAGAAUGAAGAAACCCAGAAUGAAGUAG